AUGGCCCCUUCACCCCCCACCUCCAUCUCCGACCUCCAAACCCUCAUCCUCACCCACCCCCUCAUCGACAACCACGCCCACAACCUCCUCCGCAGCACACACACCUCCGCCGCCCCCCUCGAAUCCAUCACCACCGAAGCCUCCGGCCCCGCCCUCCCCGACACCCUCCACACCCUCUCUCACCACCGCGCCGUCAAGCAGCUCUCCACCUGGCUCGGCUGCGACCCCACCUGGUCCGCCGUCAAGACCCACCGCGCAACCCUUGACGAAACCGAGUGGGCCAGAAAAUGCUUUGCGGGCACCCAAUGCAUCCUCAUGGACGACGGUCUCGACGAAGACAGCGUCGAGCCCUUCGCCUGGCACGACCAGUUCACUUCCAGCGGCACACGCAGAAUCGUCCGCAUCGAGAAAGUCGCCGAGACAAUCCUGCAAAAGUACUGUGUCGAGCUGCCGGAGGACCUCAAGGAGAUCUCGAGCGUGGGCCCAGAGAUCUUCAACAAGUGGGCGACCGAGUUUGCCGCCGUCAUGCGCGCGGCGCUGAAUGAUCCGAAGGUGGCGGGCUUCAAGUCGGUGGUGUGUUAUCGCAGCGGGCUCGACAUCAGCCCCGAGGAGACCCAGGCGGGGCCGCUGAUGGAUGCGUUUGCGGCGGUGCUGCGCAAGGCGAGGUGUGCGGCGGGGGCGGGCGGGUUUCGGAUUAGGGAGAAGGUGUUUAAUGACUUUUUAGUGAGGGAGAUCUCGAGGAGCAUUACGCAGCAUGAGGAGAAGAAGCCGUUGCAAUUCCAUACGGGGCUGGGUGAUAAUGAUAUCAAUCUGCUGAAGGCGAAUCCUGCGCAUCUACAAGCGCUUAUAAAAGCGUAUCCAGAGGUGCCGAUGGUGCUGCUUCACUCUGCGUAUCCGUACACCCAAGAGGCGGGCUACCUUGCGUCUGUCUACAAGAACGUCUACCUAGACUUUGGCGAAGUCUUUCCCAUGAUCUCACAAGACGGUCAGAAGACUGUAAUCAAACAGCUCUUUGAACUAGCACCCACCAACAAGCUAUUAUGGAGCACUGACGGUCACUGGUUCCCCGAAACCUACGCUCUCGCAAACUCUCAGAUGCGUGAAGUCCUGAGCGAGGUACUAGUCAAGCGUGUAAUAAAGGGGCAAAUCACGCUCGAGCAGGCCGCCGACAUCACCACCAAGCUCCUCUUCGACAACUCCAACGCCCUCUACAAGCUCAACCUCACCCCCACCGACCCCAGCAACAACCCACCCCUCGCCGGCGACUCCCCCGCCUACGCGCACCCCGAAGUCCACCUGCUCAACAAGUUCCUCUCCAAGCACCCCAAAGUGCGCUUCUUCCGUCUCGAAUGGCUCGACUACACCUCGACCAUGCGCCUGCGCGUCGUCUCCGUCAAGCAGAUGAAAAAGAUGGUCGAGAAGCGCUCCUUCCUCGAGAUCACCUCGGCCUCGCUCUCCAUACUGCAGGACGAUAGCCCCACCGACGACUUCAAGCACUGCGGCCAGCUUAUGGUCAUCCCCGACUGGAGCAGCCUUCGCAGCUGCGAAGGCUACGCCCCCGGCCACGCCAGCGUCAUGUGCUUCCUCCGCGACAAGCACCCCUCCCACCCCGACGGCCUCGAAGUCGACAUCUGCCCUCGCACCGUCCUCGCCAAAGCCGCACGCCGCGCCAAGGACGACCACGGCGUCGACUUCCUCGUCGGCAUCGAGACCGAAGUCGUCUUCCUGCACCGGGACCCUGACGGAACCCGCGACCUCGAACCCAUCAGCGGCAUCCACGCAUGGAGCACCGGCCGCGCCCUGCAAAACGAGAGCAUGACCAUCCUCAUGGAGUGCGUCGAGGCGCUCGAGGGCAGCGGCGUCGAGGUCCUCCUCUUCCACCCCGAGAGCGCCGACGGCCAGUACGAGAUCGUCACGGGCCCGCUGCCCCCGCUAGCGAGCAUCGACACGCUCUACCACACGCGCGAGACAAUCGUGCACAUCUGCGCAAAGUACAAGAUCCGCGCGACAUUCCAUCCGAAGCCCUUCCAAACACGCGCGGGGACCGCUGCGCACGCACACAUCUCGAUCUCGCCGCCAACGCGCGAGAAUGAGGAGCAUUUCUUCGGGGGCUUGCUGGAGAGCUUGAGGGCGGUCGCGGCGUUCACAAUGCCAAAUAACGCGAGCUAUGAGAGGCUGCUGGACACGUGCUGGGCGGGCGGGACGUGGGUCGCGUGGGGUGACCAGAAUAAGGAGGUUCCGCUCAGGAGGUGCUCCAAGGAGGAUGCACACUGGGAGAUCAAGUGCAUUGAUGGAAUUGCGAACUUGUAUCUCACCAUGGCUGCGGUCAUCGGUGCGGGCUGUCUAGGACUCAAGGCGAAGACCAAACUCCCAGGUACGGGCGCAAAAGAUGACCCUUCGAAGAUGACCUCGCGCGAACGAAACGGGCUCGGCAUCGUCAAGAAGCUUCCAAAAGACCUAGGCGAGGCGCUCGAUGCGCUCAAGGAGCACAAGAAGCUAAAGGAGUGGGUUGGCGUCGACGCGAUGGAGAAGUAUCUCAUUGUAAAGAAGGGCGAGAGGGCACUCAUGGAGACGAUCCCGGCGGAGGACAGGCGAGAGUGGAUGUUGGAGAGGUACUAG